ACAAAACACAAACAUGAAAUUUAACUCACAAUUCAUCUCCUUCAUCUUGCAUUUUAUUUUUCUUGUCACUUUCUUUUGUCCUAUUUACUCUUUAAAAACAAGCAACCACCAAAUUGUCAACCAAACUUUACAAUUUGAGAAAGAAUUUCAGAAGAUAAAUAAAACAAUAAAGGCACAGCUUCAACGAAUCAAUAAGCCUGCUGUAAAGACAAUUCAAAGUCCCCAUGGUGAUAUCAUAGAUUGUGUUUUGUUUCAUAAACAACCAGCUUUUGAUCUUCCUCUAUUAAAAGGACAAAAAUCAUCGGAUUCUCAAGCAAAAACAGAAGGGCACAAUCAAAUAAAUAAUUCGAGUGUUAACUCUCAAUUAUGGAGUUUAUCAGGUGAAUUUUGUCCAAAAGAAACAAUACCAAUUAGAAGAACAAAGGAAGAAGAAAUAAAAUACGGAAGAAAAAGCAUAAGCUUUCAGGAAAGACUCUAUGAAGUAAUCACGUAUGUAGAAGGAGGUGGCUACCAUGGAGCAAAGGGUAUCAUAAACGUGUGGGCCCCCCGAGUGGAAAAUGCAGAAGAAUCCAGCUCAUCUAAAAUUUGGGUUCAAUCUCUUACAGCUAAAGAAAGUAUUGAAGCUGGUUGGCAGGUAUGUCAGAAGAGAUAUGGGGACAACCGCCCUAGAAUAUUUACUUAUUGGACGGUGGAUGCUUAUAAAGCAACUGGAUGUUACAAUUUACAAUGUCCUGGUUUUGUUCAAACUAGCAGAAAAGUUGUGCUUGGAACUCCAGUUGGCCCGGUGUCGAUAAUAGGCGGAGACCAAUAUGAUUUUAACUUAAAGAUAGAGCAGGAUCAAAAGGAUCAGCGUUGGUGGCUUGAAUAUGCAGCUGGAAAUGAAAAUUAUGAAAGAGUUGGUUAUUGGCCAUUCUCUCUAUUCAAAGAAUUAAAAGAUGAAGCAAAUUUAAUUCAGUUUGGUGGAGAAGUUGUGGAUUUAAACCCAACAGGGGAUCAUACUUCCACGUACAUGGGUAGUGGACAAUUUGCUCAACAAGCUUUGGGAAGGGCUGCAUUUAUUAGGAAUAUGAAAGUUGCAGUUACUCCCAACACCUAUAUUGACCUUCCAGAUCCUGAAUAUUUAGAAGAAAAACCAGAUUGUUAUAGCAUAAAAGGAGGUUUUGAUAAAGUGUAUGAGUCAUAUAUAUUUUUUGGUGGACCAGGUAGGAGUCAGAAAUGUCCAUAAAAGAAUAUACAAUAAAAUGAAAAGGAAUAAGAAACAAACAGCGAAAAAUAUAUCUUUUUAA